GCUUUCUGCUCCUUGGGUUUCAAUUCCAAACAUGGUUAUCCUACUAGGGGUCUCUCUCUCCUCCUCUCCCUCUCUCUCCCCUCUCCCUCCCUCUCUCUCUCUGUACUGCCAACUGUGAGCUCUCCAGAGUAAGCAAAUGGCUGAGUAAAAUAGAGAGAAAAUCAAGAGACAGACACAGCAAAACAUAGACGGGGAAAAGAAGGGAGAAAUCCAUUCCAAUCAUAUUUAUGGUGUAAUAACUGAAGCAGGACAAAGAAAAUCUGUAGUCCAGCUGUAUGUAAGAGAGCAACAGAGCAACUUUUGAUAAUUCAUACUAUUUUUUGCAAUGUAUUCUCUGUUUUGACAAUACCUUGAUUGAACUUUUAAGAAAUAGACCAACUCCAGUGACAACUUUUCAGACUCACUGGUAAAGUAACAACAACAACUUGAGGCUUGAGUGGGGGACAAACGUUUUCUUCCAGCUUUGACCUCGGGUAGCGUAGUAAACUUUGGAAUAUUCUGAGUGUAACUGUUUUUUGGAACUUAUUGAACAACUCGAAAGUUUUGUUUGGAAUAACAGCCUCCCUCCACCAUGAGUGCAGACAACUCCACCCUGUUGGAGACGGUUUUCUACGGCCAUCCACCAUGUGAUGGCUGGACCAACAACACAGAGGGGGCCUUCUACCACCUGGGCAACACCGUCUUGUUCCUGGGGUACAUGGGGGGCAGCAGCGCCUACGGCUCCCUGUUCAUCUUUGGUUUCAUGACGCCUGCCUUCACCUGCCUGGCCCUGUGGGGCUGGAUGACCAUGUGUGGGGUGGAUGUGUUCACCUGGAACCUGCUGCUGCUGGUGGCCUGCGUGUUCCAGAUUUGCCACCUCAUAUACAGGCUGCAACAGGAUGGUUUGGCCAGCGAGGAGCUGUUGUCCCUCUACUCAGCCAUCUACCUGCCCCUGGACGUGCCCGUACAGGUGUUCAAAGACAUUGUGGGGGCCUGUGAGAACAAGGUGCUGGCCCUAAGAGUAGAGGAGACGUAUGCAGUGGAGGGCAAGACGCCCAUCAACCAGCUAUCCUUUCUGCUGUCAGGGAGGAUCCGUGUGUCUCUAGAAGGACAGUUCCUCCAUUACAUCUUCCCACUCCAGUUUCUGGACUCUCCUGAGUGGGAGUCUCUCAGACCCAAUGAGGAGGGGAACUUUCAGGUGACCCUGACGGCGGAGACGGACUGCCGCUACAUCUCGUGGCACCGGCGCAGCCUUUACAUGCUGCUGUCCAAGGAUCGCUACAUCACCCGCCUCUUCUCCGUCAUGCUGGGCAGCGACAUUGCCAACAAGCUCUACUCACUCAAUGAUAAGCUCUUUGCCAAGAGCGGUGUACGCCUCGACAUCCGCCUGCCCAGUCUCUACCAUGUCCUGGCCCCCUCACCCCCGGGCAGCGAGGGUGAGGUCUGUAGCGGCAGUGGUAGUGCAAGGGACUGGGUAGACCCAGUGGAGCAGCAGGAGGCAGCAGUCCCGGUGCCUGCCUACCAGAAGUCAGAGCCUCCAACACCCCCGACCCCACGGCUGCAGAUACAAGAGAAGUCCCCCAACACAUCAACUGCAAGCCCCCGCCAACCCCAAGGCCCACACCCCCAGCGCCAGCCCUGGCCCUCAGACAUGGAGAUGCUCUCUGGUGAGGACUCCACCAGCCUGGUCCUGGAGGACUUUGCUGAUAUGACCGGGUCCUUAAUGGAUUAUGGGAGUGAGAGGGAUUAUUUGAGGUAGAGGGCAGGUUGCUGGAGCUAACACACUGGGCCACUACUUAAGCUACAUGAGGGGAAACCGCUGGGACUCUAACAAUGCGAUACCAGAGAGGAAGAGCUCCUCUGGCUCCCACGGACACCCCUAAGCUGUGAUAGUUUUACCAAAAGUGCAAACAGUUCCAGGUUGUCUUUAUUACAGUCAUGCUGUGCAGCUUAUAACACUAUCACAAAAUGUUUAUGCAUAUCUACAGCAUUUUCCUGAGAAGACCAGUGGAACUGCAGGAAAGACAACCUGGGAUAUAACUAUCACCACUGUCCUGGGUGGAAUCAGGCCCACCCACCACAUCCCAGUCUCUCACCUAACAUUAUCUCACUCCUGUGAUGUCAUCUGUGCAUGACAAUAAAGGAGAGAGUGAGACUCUGGACACUGAACAUAAUUAUGUUAUUAACUGAAUUUAUUAGUUAAUGUCACAGAAAAUAAUCGUAUACUCUUUUUAUUAUGUCACUCACAUCUCCCAUUCAUCUGGAUGGAAAGCCUUUUGAAGUGGAGAUAGGAUUAUUCUAUUAUGAUUCCACAUUAAACUAAUCAUGUGCAUUAGAUGUUUUAACAGCCGGGGUUGGGUUGGCUAGCUAGGGGCACGUUAAUCUUGUUUGUUUGUGCAGACAUAAUCUGAGAGAAUAAUGUUUGACUGAGAGCAUGCUAAAAGGGUUUUCUCUUCCUGCAUACAUAAUUUCAAAUCAUGAUUCCAAAUUUAACAGGCAGACACACACUUCUGCAUUUUGUCUACGUGCUUGUAAAGGUGAGAUGUCUCACACACAUUUAGUACAUUUAGUCAGAAAACAUAGAACAGGGACUCUACUAUUUUGUUUUUGUUGUCCCCCCCC